CUUCCGACGAUAUGCAAAUGGGAUGCAAAUGACCACCGACUGGCCAUUAGUUUCCACUGCAGUGUUUGCAGGUGGAGCCGAACGAAACCCCCCGGGAAUGGGGCGGGGAGGGUCAGAGAAUGCGGCUGCGCUCUGCAUCUGCGGAGGUGCGGGGGCUUGAAAAUGGAUGGGGCCCCAGUGGACCCCCGGAUGUUCUCUACCACAAUUUGGCCCUGUCCCCCAACCUGACCCUCAUUCUCAGAGGAAGAAUGAGGAGACGCCCCGCCCAGAUGCUCUGAAAUGGAGGGAUGGGGGAGGAAGGGCACAUCAGGCCGGUCGAGCCCAGCUCACCAGGGUCCUCCUGCUAGCGUUCCCGGUGUGGACCAGUCCGCGGCUCCCACUCCCGCCCGGCCCAGCCGACUGGAGGGGAGGGGCGCUGGGACAACCCGGGUGCUGCGCAGCCGCGCCCCUUCACGCAGGGGAGUGGCGGGACUCAGACCCACCCCCAGCACUGACGUUCUACUGCGUCAUCCUGCCUCCCAAGACCGGCUCGCAGCUUUUUAAUAUAGCCCAAGCUUCUUGCCCAAAGGGAUCCAACACCCUAGGUUCCACGCAGCUAUUCCCAUCCUGCCUGACAAAAGUGUGCCGCUGGCUAGCACAGCAGAAACAGAAUCACGAGGUUAGACAGUAA